AAUUGUUUUGAACGCAGCAUCAAGCCUUCAAACUCAACUCUGGACCUGGAAGCCAGUUAAACUGCAUUUAUUCAUUGUUCCCCUCUAAUCAGGGACUUGUUUAGAUCUGGGACACCAGGCGUAUGCAAUUAAUUAUCAGGUGAAGGCAAUAUACCAGCAUCUGUGGUCUAACUUGGAUAGGCUACUGGUGGUUUGACACACACAGCAGAGGAUAUGUGGUGGUUCCAGCAGGGUCUUUGUAUUCUACCGGUGGCUUUGGUAUUAUGGACGGCGGCCACGUUCAUCUUUGCUUACAUCACUGCUGUCCUGCUGAAACAUGUGGACCCACUGGUGCCAUACAUCAGCGACACGGGGACGGUUGCCCCAGAGAGAUGUGUGUUUGGAAUCAUGCUGGACAUCUCAGCAUACUUAGGCAUAGCCACCAUGUACGUACGCUACAAGCAGGUCCAAGCCUUGACAGUCGAAGAGGAGUCAAAGCUGCAUAAACUCAACCUCUUGGGUUUGGUGCUGGGAUGGAUCAGCUCCUUUGGCAUGUGCAUUGUUGCUAACUUUCAGAAAACGACUCUGUUCUCCAUGCACCUGGUGGGGGCAAUAUUGACGUUUGGCGUGGGGGCACUGUACAUCCUGGUGCAGACCUUGGUGUCUCUGUGCAUGCAGCCUCACGUCCACGGGAAGAGCAUCUUCUGGGUCCGACUCAGCAUCGGGGUCUGGACCUUCGCCAGCAUCAUCAGCAUGUUUGUGUCAUCUGUCAUCAUGUACAGCAGUCUACCUGGAGUGGACGUGGCCCAUAAACUGCACUGGAUACCUGGAGAGACGGGCUACAUCCCUCACAUCAUCAGCACCAUCUCUGAGUGGUCUCUGGCUCUCUCCUUUGUCAGUUUCUUCCUCACCUACAUCAGAGACUUCCAGAAAGUAACGUUGCGGGCAGAGGUGGACCUACAGAGCAAUCACCUCUACGAUUCUCCACACUACAGCAUCACUGCACAGGUCAACCAAUCUGAGACCUCCCCACUGAUGGCGGGGGGCAUCUGAACAGGACAACUCCUAGUGGUGCGGUUGAGGCGAGCUGUAAUUAUGAACAUAUUGAAUGGAAUCAAUGAGAUAUAGAAUGUUGAGGGUGUAAUCAACGAGCACUAUUAUAAACAGGGUGGUUCGAGCCCUGAAAUCUGAUUGGCCGAAAGUAGUGGUAUAUCGGACCGUAUACCACAGGUAUGACAAAACAUAUGUUUUUACUGCUCAAAUUACGUUGGUAAACAGUUUAUAAUAGCAAUAUGGCACCUCGGGGUUUGUGGUAUAUUGACAAUAUACCACGACUAAGGGCUGUAUCUAGGCACUCCGCAUUUGCCGUGGUAUAUUGGCUAUAUACAGCGAACCCCUCGGGCCUUAUUGCUUAAAUAUACCGCUGAAAGACCUAAUUCUCAGAUAGUGUAAAUUCCACAUGCCCUUUUAAACUGACAUUUUGGUUCUUAUUAGAAAGUCAUUAUAUUUUUAUUAAACCUAAAGGGGAUUGAUCCACUGACAAGACAUGUAUUUUUUUUCAGUAGUCAGAACACAACUAACCGGUAUACUAUUCUCUACCAGCCACUCGAUGGUGCCAAAGAAUCGUCAAGAUGUUUGUUUUGGCUUUCUUAAAUCUAACAAUGAGCAUUUGUUGCGCUAUCUUACGUUUGUCUUUCAUGAGAAUUGAUGUCAUUAGGUGGUUUACAGCAAGGCACUUGAACUAAUUAACUAGAAUAUGAUUUAUUUGCUCUACCUUGCUUUUGGGAUGCUAAGUUUAAUUGAUUUGAAUGUUGCUCUCACUCAGUUAAAGUAGGAUAAUAUAAGAAUUGGGUUUGGCUGUAGGUUUGGUCAUUAGUGAAUUAUGGAUUUUCUUGGGAUGCUUUUCUAUUAGUUUUUAUGUUUCUAUUUUCCCCAAUGAUCAUCUCUAUUACCCAUAAAAAAGUAAUAUGAAUUUCCCUUUCCUGUAGAAUGGAUACAAUAUUGGUGAUGGAAGGAGGUGCUUAGUACAAUAUUUUUGGUUAUUUGAAGAUGUUUGUUUCUACUAAAAGUUUAUUUUGUUACAGUAUAUAAAACAUUUCAGCUGGCCACUUUUUGCCACCAGUUUCUAUAACCGCAGGGAGGUGUGUGGAGGAGGUAUUGCCAUCAUUGCUGUAAACUGGCCUGAAUAAUUCCAUCAUGUUAACCUAAUCACCUAUGCAGUAACUACAUAGACGCUUUGUUUGUUUCAUUCUCAUAAGAAUGGAAAGCAUCAAAUUCACUGUUGUAUAUGAAGGCUUUAUAACAGAAUAAAACCUUUUACUUCUGACGCCGUUAUAGAUUAAAGCAAUAACAAACAAGAUAGUUAUGACAUUUAUUGGUAUAUUGAGUCAUUUACAUCGUACCAUACCAUACCAUACAGUAUAUAUUUAGUCAUAUAUUUCAUCAGAAUGAUACACACAUCUAAUUGUACUUAAAUUGAAUUGAACAAAGACAUUAACACAAUGUGUUGUGUUGGUACCAUGUUUCAUGAGCUCAAAUAAAAGAUACCAGAAAUGUUC